GAGAGAGAGAGAGAGAGAGAGGAGCAGUUUCUGGGUGGCACCAGGCUCACUACAGCAGCUGGGAGGAGAGGCAGAGAGGACUUCAUACCUCAGCGGAGCAGGAGCGAGGGAACGAAACACAGAUUAGGAAGGAUGAGCUGCAGGAGAGGGGGAGAGUAUGCAGCAGACCUGACUGUGUAUCCCCACCUCUCCUCUCUCCCCCCCUCUCUCUCUCCCUCUCUUUCUCUCUCCCCCUCUCUUUCUCUCUCUCCCUCUCUUUCCCUCUCUCCUUCCCUCGGGCUCAGUGCUGGACUCUCACGCCGAUGGACAGGCUCUGCGUGCGCAGUCAGUCUCUCCACACUCCACAAUCCCAGACACCAGUUGGGUGAAGGGAGGGGGGGAGGAGGGAGGGAGGGGGCAGGGCCUGUCUCUAGCUCCUCCCCUUCUGUACUCAUUCAGACUGAGGGAGGGACCAGCGGAGAGACAAUAGAGCACUAAUCACUCAUGUGGGGCCAGUGCUGUGAACACUGCCGCCGUUCUCACACACACACACACACACACACAACACGCGCGCGCACACAUACACACAACACACACACGCAAUGAGCGAGCCGAGAUGGACCGGGAGGAGGGAGCGUUGAAACCCGCUGGAGGAUUUCGACAGGGAACGCCCGUGUCCUGAACUUCGCUAGCGCCCCCCCCCCCCGAGUUCGGAGCUAGCUUAGCCGACGGGACCAGCGGCUCACCGGAGUCACGGCAACGACUCGGGAACGGAGAGCGCCGGGAGGAAAAUCGACAUCAGCGAACGAGCGUCCGUCCGCCUGGGGACUCUCUGGACCGCAAGCGCACAACUUUUGACACAGAAGUUCAUCCGCGAGAACAGACGCUGGUGGAAAAAAGAAGACCUGCAGAAGAGAUAAAAGAGAGAAAAAGAAGAAAAAGAGAACAGGAGAGAGGGAAGGAGAGGAGCACCGGGGCACAUCCUGCCCCGCGGAGCUGAGCGUGCCCAGUCUGCCAUGCCGAGGCACGACCCGGCCCUCUCUCACUACCCCCUGGUCUCCCUGCUGCCCUGGCCCCCCAGCCCCUACCCUGCCGAGCUGGAGCCCCCCCUGCUGGAGGGGGAGGAUGGGGUGGCACUGCAGAGGUACCAGCCCCGCUCUCCGGACAGCAGCCCCCACCCCUGGAGCUCAGUGCAGGACUGGGGAGAGGAAGUGGAGGAGGGGGCCAUAUACAAUGUGACACUGAAGAGGGUUCAAAUCCAACAGGCUGCCAACAAGGGAGCAAGAUGGCUGGGGGUGGAGGGGGACAGGCUGCCCCCCGGUCACACGGUCAGCCAGCUGGAGACCUGUAAGAUCAGGAGCAUCCGGGCGGGGACGCUGGAGCGGCUGGUGGAGACGCUGCUCACCGCCUUCGGGGACAACGACCUCACCUACGCCAGCAUCUUCCUGUCCACGUACCGCGCCUUCGCCGGCACCGCCGCCGUGCUGCGCAUCCUGCUCGACAGGUAUGGGUGUAUGGAGGACAGUGAGGAGGAGGAUGGACAGGUCAGGUCUUCUGAGAACAAGGGAGAAGUCAGGAAUGCCCUGGCCUCCAUCUUGCGGGCCUGGCUGGAUCAGUGUCCGGACGACUUCCAGGAGCCGCCAGACUACCCGAGCCUGCGCAGGGUGCUGGUGUUCCUGCAGAGGGCGCUGCCCGAAUCGGAGCUCUUCCGGAGGGCUCACAGCCUGCUGGAGCAGCUGCAGAGCCAGGCUGCCCUGGACCCGGAGUCCGAAGCCGGUUUCCACGGCAACGUCUCCUUCUGCCUCGGGGAGGAAGACGAAGUGGAGAUCGAAGUGCAGGAGGCCUUCCUGUCCUUCGAGGCCGACCUGGUGGCGGAGCAGCUGACCUACAUGGACGCGUUGCUGUUCAAGAAGGUGGUGCCCCACCACUGCCUGGGCUCCAUCUGGUCUCAGCGAGACAAGAAGCAGAACAAGCGCUGCGCCCCCACCAUCCGCGCCACCAUCACGCAGUUCAACGCCGUGGCCGCCUGCGUGGUCAGCACCGUGCUCCGCCAGCGGCAGCUCCGCCCCCACCUGCGCGCGCGCGUCAUCCAGCACUGGAUCGACGUCGCCCAGGAGUGCCGCAUCCGGAAGAACUUCUCCUCGCUGCGCGCCAUCGUCUCCGCGCUGCAGUCCAACCCGCUAUACCGCCUGAAGAGAGCGUGGGCCGCCGUGCACAAGGACAGUAUGCAGAUGUUCGAGGAGCUGUCCGAUAUCUUUUCCGAUCACGACAACUACUUGACCAGCAGAGAGCUUCUGAUGAGGGAAGGAACCUCUAAAUUCGCCAGCUUGGAUAACUGUGCGAAGGAUCAUCAGAAACGCACACAGAGGAGACUGCAGCUGCAGAAGGAAAUGGGUGCCAUGCAGGGCACGAUACCCUACCUGGGCACGUUCCUAACGGACCUGACCAUGCUGGACACCGCACUGCCUGACCUGGUGGAGGGUGGCCUGAUUAACUUUGAGAAGAGACGCAGGGAGUUUGAGGUGAUCGCCCAGAUCAAGCUGCUCCAGUCCGCCUGUAACAGUUACUGCCUGACCCCUGACCCCGCCUUUCUGCGCUGGUUCCACAGCCAACCACAGCACAGCGAGGAGGAGAGCUACGCUCUGUCCUGCGAGAUUGAAGGAGUGGGCGACAGCAGCCCCACCUCGCCCAAACCCCGCAAGAGUAUGGUGAAGAGGCUGAGCCUGCUGUUCCUGGGCGCGGAGGCCACAGCCGCCAGCUCCCCGGUGAGGGAGAGCCCGCGGUCGCCCCCUGCUGGCAGCUCCGGGGAGAGCAUGGACUCGGUCAGCGUGUCCUCCAGCGACUCCGGCCCCUCGGACAGCGAGGGCCUGACGCCCACCCACACCCCCGACAUCGCCGAAAAGAAGCUGUCCGAGUCCUCCUCCUGCUCCUCGCUGCACUCCAUGGACACGUCCUCGUCUUCCGCCAGCGCCGCCGCCGCCGCCACGCCCGCCACCACGCCCGCCUCGCCCGCCUCGCCCUCGCCGCCGGCCCCGCCCCCGCGCGCGCACCGCCGCUCGGCCUCCCUGACCCCUGUCUCGCCCACCUCCCCCACCCUCCUCCCCCCCCCCGCCUACAACACCCAGGCCCAGGACGCCUGCAUCAUCCGCGUUAGCCUGGAGCACGGGAACGGGAACCUGUACAAGAGCAUCGUGCUGACCAGCCAAGACAAGACUCCCGCGGUCAUCUCCAGGGCCAUGGCCAAGCACAACCUGGAGGACGAGCCGGCCGACGCCUACGAGCUGGUCCAGGUCAUCUCCGACGAGAGAGAGCUGGUGAUCCCGGACAACGCCAACGUCUUUUACGCCAUGAACACCUCCGCCAACUUCAACUUCCUGCUGCGGCUGCGCGGCUCUGCGGGACGGCCCGUCCAGCUGCGCAGCCGAUGCAGCUCCACGCUCCCGCGCGCGCAGCAACGCAGCUGCCUGUCACUGCGGCUCAGCAAGGUCACGCUGUAGCCCCGCCCCCCCCCGAGGCCAGGGCGGGGCGGGGCUUCCACGGGAGGGCGGGGCCCAGACAGCCUGCAGAGACUCGUUUUGGGAGAGCGGGAGAGGAAGGGGGGAUGGGACUGAAAGACUGGAACCCCAGAGCCGUACUCCUCUUUCCCCUCCGCGGAUCCCCCUGCUCUCCAGCUGUGGCCUGCGCUGUCCUCAGCCUGCCUGCGCAGUGACUGCAGAUGCGCAGACAGACACACAGACAGACGCACUGCGCAGCGACUGCAGACACGCAGACGGGCGCACUGCGCAGACAGACGCACUGCGCAGACAGACGCAAUGCGCAGACAGACGCACUGCGCAGACGGGCGCACUGCGCAGACAGACGCACUGCCCACCACAAUCCCAGCAGGAACGGACCCUCGUCGCGCUGAGAGAAUUUGCACACGCGCGCGCACGCGAAGGAGAUGAAUUCCCUGCUCUCCUCCAUCAGUCCCCCCCCCCCCUUUUUCCUUUUUUAUUCACUGCUAUCUUUGUCUAUCCUCUGGCCCUCCUGCUUGUUUCCGGUGGGGAAGGAGAUGAGGGGCGGACAGGAUGAAGAGGAUUCGAUCCUGUUGCCUUUUGGUGAUGAUGAAUGGACUCUUGCGUCAGUAUUUUUUUGUGGGGGUGUUGCAGGAGCUGUGAUGUCACUGUGCCCCCCCCCCCCCCUUUCCCCGUGUGUGCACUAUGUGGACAAUGAGGAUUAAGCUUCUCAUAUUGUGAGCUGUGUGAUGAAUGCAGUAUCUGCGUUCUGAUUGGUUCCUACUUGGUUUUAACAAGUCUGUGAAAUGUUCUUGUUUUCCUGUUGAUUUGGUUGCCUUCAGUUUCGGGGUCCGGUUGCACAAAAUGGGAGUUUCUCAUUGGACGUCUGGCUUUACCCUCCCCGGCUGCCUCUCAGUGAUUGUCCAAUAGAGUUGCACUUGUUUUGUGGUUGGGCAAAGCAUUUUGGGAUUUGCACUGGGUGUAUUGGUAGAUUCUGCUCCCCGUACACUGAUUCUGGAUCGGUUUCUGCCUUUUUCCACAUAGUAAUUGGACACGGGACUAGAGUAGCACACGGUGAUCCUGGAUCAGUUGUUUGGGGUUUGUAGAAUGUGCUGGGAGCUUGUGUACUGAGGGUCAAUUGGAGGUCAUGAAAUUCCUUUGUCUUUUGUGUGUGUAAUGUGUGUGUGUUUUUUUUUAAAUGACACGGGACAGAAAAAAAAACGUUAGAAAAUGUAUAAACAUAUGAAUGUAUGGACGUCGGCUGGAAUAGCGGAGAAUGUUGUUUGUUUGUUUUUUUAUAACUGGACCCGGAACUCGUAGCAGUUCCUGUACAGAAACCGCAGGAUUGUGUAGCUGCAGACGUUCUGCUGUGUGUGUGUGUGUGUGUGUGUGUGUGUGUGUGGAGUUGUGUGUGGGGAAGGCCACGCCUUGUAGCGGACAGUGCACGCGCAUCACAUUGACGAUUCGUGGGCAGCCAGAAAAUGCGCAAGGCUAUGGUCCUGGCGGUGAUGCUCUGACGCUAGCCCGCAUUGUGUCCGCCAUGACGUGUCCUCAGCACUGUUCCCCCUCACUCUGUUCAAAACGUUGCCCUCACAGACUCACUCCCUCACUCACUGUCGAGUCUCUCGCCCUUGCAUGGACUCGCACUCGCACAAACCCGACACUUGUCACUGCAACCCCCUUUGCUGACCCCUAGUGUUGAGGAGGCCAAAGGGCGGAACUGAAGCAGAAGGGAUGAUGACGCGGUAGACUCCCACUUUCCUCUCACACAAACCGACACAUGUCACUGUAACACCCAAUGCUGACCCCUAGUGUUGAGGAGGCCAAAGGGCGGAACUGAAGCAGAAGGGAUGAUGACGCGGUAGACUCCCACUUUCUUCUUCUCACACAAACCGACACAUGUCACUGUAACACCCAAUGCUGACCCCUAGUGUUGAGGAGGCCAAAGGGCGGAACUGAAGCAGAAGGGAUGAUGACGCGGUAGAGUCCCACGUUCUUCUUUCAAAUGCAGCACUUGUGAACUUCUCUCCGAAUGCCGUCACUUUUUCCGCUUUUAAAUACUCUUUCUUCACUGCCAAAGAAUUCUCUACAUGCAAAAGUAAAUAAAUUAUUAUCAUUA